AUGGAUCAGAUUUUACAAGGCCUCCCUAACGUGCACUGCUACCUAGACGAUAUAUUAGUGACUGGGUCAGAUGAUGAGCAACAUCUCAAAAAUGUGGACGCAGUCCUCAGUCGUCUGGAUGAAUUUGAGCUAUGUGGUCUUUAUAAGUCACCUGAAAAGGUCAGGGCAAUCAUGGAUGCACCUGCACCAAAGAACGUCACACAACUUCGUUCAUUUCUGGGACUUUUAAAUUACUACAGUCGAUUUAUCCCUAAUCUGCCAUCAGUGUUAACCCCUCUCAAUGCUCUUCUGUGCAAAGGAAAACAGUGGCUGUGGUCUCAGGAGUGUGAAGUUGCAUUCGAUAAGGCCAAAAACCUGUUACUGUCACAGAGUGUGUUGACACACUACAACCCACAGUUACCAAUCAGACUGGCCUGUGACACAUCACCAUAUGGUGUUGGCGCUGUCAUCUCGCACAUCCUCCCGGAUGGACAGGAAAAACCAAUUGCCUUUGCCUCAAGAACAUUGAGUAAAGCAGAGCAAAGUUAUGCUCAAAUUGAAAGAGAGGCACUUGGUAUUAUUUUUGGAGUACGGAAAUUUUACCAAUAUCUGUACAGGCAGAAGUUUACUUUGUUUACAGAUCACCGUCCGUUGACAACCAUCUUCAGUCCAACAAAAGCCAUUCCAUCCAUGGCUGCAGCUCGGUUGCAACACUGGGCUUUGUUGUUGGCAGCCUAUGAUUACGAUAUCCAGUACAGAGAUGGUGCACACCACUGCAAUGCGGAUGGGUUAUCACGAUUACCGCUGCCAACCGCACCUCAAGUUAAGUUGGACACGGUGGAGUUACUUGAAGUAAAACAGCUGGAUGCUCUACCAGUACUGUGUGCAGAUGUCUGUCCAUUUGAAGGACACAUGUAUCUGGUAGUAGUAGAUGCUCACUCCAAGUGGCCCAAGGUGUGUGUGAUGGAUUCAACUACAUCUGCUAAGACCAUUCAGGUGCUGAGGACACUGUUCAGCCGUUAUGGACUCCCAGAAGUGCUGGUUAGUGAUAACGGUCCUCAGUUCACUUCCGAGGAGUUCCAGACAUUUCUCAAGGCCAAUGGACCAAAUGUUGCCUCUGUGGUCGAAAAAGCUCAAGCCAAACUGUGCCGGCGAUGUCAAGUUCAUGCGAAAGAACGCACAUUUGCAGUGGGUGACAAGGUAUUAGUUCGUGAUUAUCGGCGAGGAAAGAAGUGGAUGCCUGUUGUGGUGUCAGCAAAGACAGGCCGAGUAUCAUACACUGUCGAUGUAGGACUUUCAGUUCAUUGGAGGCGUCAUGUUGAUCAAAUUUUGGCACAUCAGGAUGAUUGCGACAAUGGAGAUGAGAUUGGUCCAGAGACCAUUGAAGUCCCUGAGGGGAAUCUGACAGAUUUGUGUGAACAUCCGAUCUCAGGAGAGACAUCACGUCCUAGUCUUGAUCAAAUUCCAACAGGAUUAGCACAAUCAGAAGAUUCAGCCACUAGGGACAAUGAGGUGGUGUUACACACUCCACACAAAGAGGCUAAGCGCUAUCCUGAACGUACCAUCAAGCCUCCAGUACGGUUUAGCCCAUAA